UGGAGGGAUGUUGUUAAAAUUCUUAUUCUCUGGAAUGUGGGGCUUGCUUGGUUGCGUGCGCGAUUAUUUGGUUAUCAAGAUUGUAUUCCGAAAUUAAUUAGUUCUAAUACCAUGUCAGAAAUCAUUCAUAAGUUCAUAAGUAUCACGUUUUCAAAGACCAAGUUGAAAUCCAAGUGGCAGCUUUCAUAAAUCUUAUUCGAAGUCCACCGAACCGAAGCAAAUUUUCGACACGCUUGAAAGGUUUUAGCCUCAAAUAGGGAUUGCGUAGUGUUAAGAUUGUACUAAUGAACACGAAUGAACAAUUUGAAAAUAUUCAGUAGUCUAAUGUAAAUUUGAUAGGGUUGGACAUGGAAGCUCACCUGUUCAAGUAGUGAAAGAAUAUCACCAUCGCAAUAGUUAACGACCAGCUGUUUUACUCUGACGAAGGAAGAAGUAAAGAGCAAGAAAUGUGGGGCGUUGCAUUUGAACUCUGGAAAUGGCCUGCACUAUAGUAACAAUUUUAAUUGGCCUUUUUAUAUUGUGAUUAUCCCAUUCAUCGCCAUUAAGAAUCUGAAGAAGAAAGGUCCGGCGGUCCACACGAUUACUGUAGACAUUAAUGUCUGAAAAUGAUAAAAAACUGGCAAGAACUAUUAGAUGCGGUCACUUUAGAAUCUAACAAAAUUGGCACUUCAAAAAAAAUAUCAUCGCUAAAAUUGCAGGAAGACAUGGUUGAAUUAUGGUUAAAUGAAAAUGUAUACAGGGAGAAAUUGUUGGACUGGAUCAAGUUUACGCACAGUAAUGCAAAAUGGAUGAAGACUGCCACUGUGGCAUCCAAAUUACGAAUACAGGGCAAUGAAAAAUUUAAAGAAUGUGACAAUGUAGGGAGUUUAAUGUUGUAUACGGAGAGUGUGGUCCAUGCACCAAGAGACAGUGAAGAGUUAUCACUUGCACUGGCAAAUAGAUCAGCAGCCCUCUUCCAUCUUGGUGCUUAUCAGGAAAGUUUACAAGAUAUUGCACUUGCCUUCCAAAGUGGCUACCCAACAUCAUUGCAUUACAAACUGCACAUGAGACGCAGUCAGUGCUUCUCCAGGCUGAACAGGUAUAUGGAAGAAGUAGAAGCCCUGCAGUCUGCACAGAAAUGUUUAGAACUCAUGGGAGAUGUGGCACUCAGCAAGAAGUCAUCUUCUAAAAGGAACAUUGAAUUGGCAUUGUCAAAAGCUUCCUCUCAGUUGAGAAUUGGUAGUACUGAGAACAUUUCUGACAGCCCUAAAACAUUUUGCCUUCCUGUGCCAACAUAUGGAGAAAAUGAGAGAUUUGCAUAUGCAUCAGCAGCACUAGAUCUUAGGUACAGUCAAGAAAAAGGAAGGCAUGUUGUAGCGAACAGAGGUGUGCAAAUGGGAGAUAUACUCUUUGUCGAGAGACCAUAUGCAUUUGUAGUACUGCCAGACCAGUACAGGGCACAUUGCCACAACUGCUGCAGCCUGUACAUGUCAGCUGUGCCUUGUGAGGAAUGUACGCUGGCUCGGUACUGCAGUGAAGCAUGCAGGCAGGAGUCCUGGGAUCAGUACCACCAGUGGGAAUGUCAUGGUGGAUUGGAACUGCUGAACUCGAUUGGCAUUGCCCAUCUAGGUUUCCGUGUAGUGCUGAAGGCCGGUCCAUUGCGCAAACUCCAAGGCAUUCAUACAAAGCUUCAGGAAAGUGUUUCACAGUCCAAGGACACUUACAGAGACAAGCAGGACAAUUACAGAUAUGUGUACCAGUUGAUGCCACAUCUUGAAGAUAUGCAGCAUGAAGACUUGUUUCAGUAUACAAUGACUGCCUGUAUGCUGGCCCUAUAUCUUACUUACUGUACUCACUACUUCACGGAAGAAGCUAAUCCACUGCCCCCUGAUGAACUUCUGCAGAAUAGAAAGUCCACGGUCUGUUUUGUGGGAGGCCUGAUUUUACGACACAUUGCACAGCUUGUGUGUAAUGGACAUGCGAUCACCAAGCUGGACAAAACAUUUCCUGAAAAUGAGAAUCGAGAAGUUCUGACAGAGCAUCAAGUUCGGAUUGCAACUGCCAUCUAUCCAUCAGCAAGCAUGAUGAAUCACUCUUGUGACCCUAAUAUUAUCAACAGCUUCUACAAUCAGUAUCUUAUUGUCCGAGCAUGUAGAGACAUCCCCAGAGGAGGAGAAGUGUUCAACUGUUAUGGUCCUCACUUUAGACACAUGGGUACACGUGAGAGGCAGGAAAUACUCAGGAGCCAGUACUUCUUCUCCUGUACCUGCAAGCCCUGUUCCCUGCCAGGACAGCAGGAUUUUCAGGAGCGGUUUUCUGCGCUCCUGUGUUCAGAAUGCAGUGGUCCUUUGUUGCGUACCAGUGAAUCACCCCAUCGUAUGGCAUGUGGCGACUGUGGACAUCGUCAGAACAUCAGCAGUCUUGUUGAGGCAUCGUUCAAAGCACGUGCUUUGUUUGAUGAAGGUUCUGUGGCCCUUGAUGUGGGGGACAUGGCAGAAGCUCUAAAGAUGUUUGAGUCCUGCUGGCAUCUGAGGCGCCACUGUCUGUACAGGAGCCACAGGGACUUGACUGUAUGUGUAGAUCAAGUGGCCAAGUGUUACUCCAUGCUAGGGGACUAUGCCAAAAGUGUGGAUUGUCUACUGCAGUGCCUGCCUGCAGUGGAGGAACAGUUUGGUUCUAACAGCAUCGAGUUGGCCAACGAACUGCAGAAACUGUCAGAUGUCAUGAUGUUUGACAUAGCACAACAUGUCCCAGGUUCUGCCACUUACUUAGAAAAGCAUAAAAAGGCUACGGAGUAUGUGCAGAGAGCUAAACGAAUUUUGGAACUGCAGUAUGGGAUAUGGAACACUGGGCUACAGGACAUCAUCUGCAAGGAACAACAACUGGAACAAAUGGCUGUUUAAGAUCAUAUGAAGUGUAAUCACACAGCUGUAUGGGUACACAUGAAUUGUACCCUCCAGUAAUGAAAUUGCCACUCUUCUGAUAAGUAUACUCAUGACUGAAUAGCUGGCAAAGAUACAAGAUACAAAAGCCUUGAAAAUAAAUGUAACAUUUCACUUCCAGAAUACAGGCAUGUGCAAGUUUACUCCUUGCUAAUUCCUUGUUUGUUUUAACACUUUAACCCUGAAGAUUAAGACAGUACAUUCCUCAGAAAGACACUGGUGAACCACUACCACAAUACACUGCUUUCAUGAUCGACACCAUGGGAACCUCAAAUCCAAUUCAUUACUAGAGAUUCAUAAUUUUUACCUCUGCUGUUUAAAAUAUAAAACAAUACAGCCUUCUAGGAUAUAACACCAUGCAGUUUGGCAAACAUUUCAGAGGAACCUGCUGUCUUUAUCUUACCCUAAAGAAUCCAACCA